CUUUGUGUUUUUCAAGGAGGAACAUGAGCACGAGUGUGUAGUUUUAUUUUGCCCCAAUAGCGUCUGACUCUGAGCCUCGAGGACCCGUUAGUCAGGACGUGAAGCUGUGUUCUAACUUUGUAUUUUUCGAUUUGUUGGGCGCACAAUUCGGCACUCACAAAAGGAGCGCAUGUGUGUGAGCGCGCUUGGAAGGCGCGCUCUUGUUGCGGUCUCCCCCUCCGGGAGUUUGGAUUGAAAAGUUGGAGUUGUCAGUGGAGCACUUUGAAGAAACAACAACAACAACUAACCAUCUAGUUAAAAAAAGCGGAUGAAGACAGGUUCCUUGGAUGCCACUGAUCUCCUCCUUGUAUGAUGGAUGGUCUCCAGGAGGAAGAAACGGAAGGUUCAUGGAUGCUGUUGUCCUGGCUAGCGUCCUGCCUCAUGGUAUUUGGAGGAUCCCUUCCCUACGUACCCCAAUAUCAGGAGAUCCAGAGGAGCAGCAACACUGAGGGAUUCUCUACCAGAGUGUGUCUGGUUUUGCUCAUAGCCAACAUCCUGCGAAUCUUUUUCUGGAUAGGAAAGCAGUUUGAGCUCACGUUGCUGCUCCAGAGUGUGGUGAUGAUCCUCACCAUGUUUGCUAUGCUCCACCUUUGCAGCACAGUCCACAACACCAACCGUGUGAGCACCAAGCAACACCGUCUUACAGACUUGGAUCUACGCUACUUCUGGAAGUGGAGUGCAUUUGAGGACUACCUUCUGUUUUGUUUCGGCUUCAGUGUCCUGUGUGCGGUGGUCACCAUGCUGCUGCUGGACUCUGCCAUGUUUGUGGAGAUGCUGGGCUCCCUGGCCGUGAUGUUCGAGGCCAUGCUUGGCCUCCCACAGCUUUUGCAGAACUUCCACAACCGCUCCACCAAAGGCAUGAGUGUGAAGAUGGUACUACUGUGGACUGCCGGCGAUGUCUUCAAGACCACGUACUUUGUGAUGAACGAAAGCCCAUCUCAGUUCUGGGUGUGCGGUUCAAUCCAGAUCCUCGUCGACGUGGCUAUCCUCCUCCAGGUGCUCUUCUACAGCCAGGACACACGUACCAAACUCGGCUGAACAGGGCUUGUUUUGACAGGCGAGCAUCAUAACACUGUAUGGUAAUAUGAUACCUUUUAGUGAAACGUGAACACCAGUUGCUUUCAAGACACUUGUGCAUUUUAUUUUGUGAGUGAAAGAUAAAUUUUUAAGAUUUUUUUUAGGUGUAUGGAGCUGAAUCACCCUAAUAGGUCUUUUAGUGGACACGGAGAGUGUACGAGACAGACAUUACUCACAUUGGCAGCUCACUAACUGCAGGUCGGUGUUGCUCUAAUGGCAGCUGUAACAAGCAGUGCUGCACCAGUAGCCCUCCUCUGGCCUCUACCACUUGACUGAUGAGUCUCCCACUCCAUGCCUCAGCACAUUGCUCCAUGUCAUGAAUGUGUGUGUGUGUGUGUUGUGUGUCUGUCGGAAUACCUGCUGAUGUGUGCUUGCAGCCAAUAUCGAUUUUUGCCGUUGGCAGUGCCACGGCAAGGCUGCGCAAUGUACAGCUACUAAUGGUGCCUGCAAAGGCCAUCAGUCUGUGUGUUAGGGCUCACCUUAGUAGUUUAUUGACAGGCACAGCAUUGAUUCAGCAUAUUAUGUAAACAGCAGUGAGCAAGACCCAAAAUCUGCCAGCAAUGAUUUGAGAUAUGGCUUUCAUAUUGUGUUCAUUCUAAGGUCCUCCUGCAGCCAUCCACGAGACAUUUUGUUGCCACGCCUUGUUCAAAUGAUAUUACCUUUUAAAUGGACUUUUGAUCAGAACAUAUAAGCAAGUCUAAACAAGGAGUUCUAUUGACAAACCAACCCACAUAUGUGGAAACUCCUGAUCAAAAUAUAAAGACCAUUUGAAAAAUGGCAAGAAUUUUCAUUUUGCACUGUUUGAUCCUAUGUAGAGCUUUAAAAUACAAAAGCAAUAAUUGCAAACAACCAGCGAAAUAGGCUGUGCAUCAGCUCAAAAGUUUAAGACCACAGCUUUUAAAAGCCAAAAUCUUGGCAAGAAUGUGGAUUCAAUGUCAUUUUCUGUCAGGUUUUUGCACUGUCAUGAUCUCUUGAUGGCAAAGGCAAAAAAAGCUUUUUCUCUUUGAAAGCAAGGCCUCUUGCAGCGUGUCAUGUUGGACGCAGUAAGACAGUCCUUUGAAACUUCUUCACAGAUCCUGAGGGUUAAGGAACAAAAAAUCAAUUGGUAGACCCCAAGAAAUGUCACCGGCCCUGAGCCGGAGGAUCCGAUUGGAUGUCCGUCAAGACACGGGACGAUCCUCAGCCCAAAUAAAGGGUGUUUGUUGUGAGAGAAGGCUUUUAAAUAGAAAAAAUGUCUUCAAUGGCCUCAUCUCUUUCAACGCCACAAAAUUGCCCGUUUUGAAUUUGCACGAGAGCACCAAACAUGGGACAUUGAAAGGUGGAAGAAAGUUUUAUUCUCUGAUGAGUAAAAAUGAACCCUAACGGUCCUGAUGGUUUCCAACGUUACUGGCAUGACAAGGAGAUCCCACCUGAGAUGUUUUCCACACGGCACAGUGGAGGGGGCGCCAUCAUGAUCAGGGGUGCUUUUCCUUUAAUGGAACAAUGGCGCUUCAAGUUGUGCAGGGGCGUCAAACGGCAGAUAGAUUAUGUGGAGAUGUUGCAGGGGGCAUCCCUCAUGACUGAAGGUCCUCGUCUGUGUGGUAAUGACUGGCUCUUUCAACAGGACAACGCUGCAGUUCACAGUGUCUACCUGACAAAGGACUUCUUCCAUAGGAAUAAGCUCACUCUUUUGGACCAUCCUGCGUGUGAUUUAAAUCACAUUGAGAACAUUUGGGGAUGGAUGGCAAGGGAAGUUUACAAAAAUGGACAUCAGUUCCAGACAGUGGAUGCCCUCCGUGAAGCCAUCAUCACCACCUGGAAACACUGGCAUCAAGCAUGACCAAACCAAUUUUUGAGGUGAUUAACAAGACUACCGCAGAUACUCAUUACUGAGUCCUUUUUUAACAUUUUAUUUCUAUUUUGUAGGGGGGUUCGGGUGUGUUGAGAUAUGGUCUAUAACUUUUGAUCAAUUGAAGAAGUGCCUAUUUCACUUUCAUGGCUGUUUUCGUCUCAGUCCCAUUUCUUCUUUUUUUGCAUCUUGAGACUCUCCUUAGAAUCUCCUUAAGAUGCAACAAUGCAAAAUGUAAAUUUUGCAAUUUUUUAACUGCUCUUAAAGUUUUGAUCAGGAGUCUGAGCUUUUAAUGCCUGUGUGAUGAUCACCUUGAGACCCUACGUCACAGUUCACGUUAGCCAUAAAUCCCCACAUGAUCACUUUGACUCAUCCCGAUAGCAGUGCAGCCCUUCUUGGCUUGAAAGGAACAUUAAAGCUACGGCAAUGAUCCAAAACUGUAUUAUUCACACGUAUUUAAAAGCUGUUGGCUGUUAGGUAGGUAAGAACACUUUGGUCUCAAGAAGAAAGUUAUGAAUCAGCCUCCAGCUAUGGAAAAAUAACAUGAAUCAAUGCAAGGGUUCAAUGCAAGAGGGUUCACUCUUCAUCUGUCUGUGCACAUUGGUUCUAUAUUGAAAUGAAGUGAGCCCUCCUCUCAUUGAGCCUCUUUGUGGAGGCGGGGCUACUAGUGAGUGGAUACAGAGGGUUUGAAGUUAGCCUCGUGAGACAGCAUACGCUAACAUGAAUGACGACACAGAAGCGAUGGUUUCUGAGGCAGAUGCCACCGCCGACAGCUCAGUGUGGAAAUCUUUCUGUUUCAAACAGAAUGAACAAGGUGAGCGCAUGAACGCCGACGACCGACACGGACAUUUUUCUUAACUGGAAAAACAAACUACCGAUGGAGGUGCAUGGGCAGCGGAGCCUUCGUCUCGACAGUCAGCGAUUACUGAGGCAUUUGGUUGGCAAAUAUAAACAAAACAGUGCAAAAUGGUGCGCGCUCACACUGACACUCUGUGUCAAGCUAAUGUGGCUCACACAGGUACACUAUACCUGAGUACCAUCUAGUGGUUCAAAUGUGAAUUAGACCUCUCAUGACAAUAAUGAAAAAAUGGUCAAAAAUGUUUUUGUCGAUAACAUCGAUUAUCGCCGAUAAUUUGUGGCACCAUUAUCGACCAGCAAAAUUUGUUAUCGUGAGUGAGACAGGCAUUUGGGUUGAUAAAUAUCAAGCAGAUAUCCUGCAUAUUAAGCUCCCCUCCUCAAGCGAGUUGAAGAUCGCCUCUGGCUACUUUGUGUGCAACUCAAGCUUUACCAGUGUGGGGCACAUGAGAUGGGUUUUCUCAUGUUUUCAUCAAAAAAUCUGUAAAUUUGCUGAAUCGCGACUGUAAUGAACUUUUCAUAUGUAUCAACUUUUCAUACCUCUCACCCGCUACAUGACACUGUUGUUUCCCUGGGCAGCUCCUUCAGCAGCAGACUGUUACACCCACGGUGUAAGAAGGAGAGGUUCCGCAGGUCCUUCAUACCGACCGCUAUCAGGCUCUACAACACCUGAACCAUUUUUUAUUCACUAUGUCUAUGCAUUGCAUGCAUUGUCAAUGACUAUGCAUUCUUUACUUGUGUACAUACUUGUGUAUCUUGCUUGCUGCUGUAACAGAUGAAUUUCCCUGCUGUGGGAUUAAUAAAGUACGACUACUACUAUAUGUGCACACAUGAACGUAAUGCUCGUACAUUGUACCUGAGAAAAGUUGGAAGGCUCCCUGUCGUUUAUGCGUAUGCUAAUGUACAGCAUGUCAUCCAUGUGUGCAUGUUAGCGUACAUAUGAACCCGUCAGACUCAGCCACUGCGUAUGAAUACGUUGGUAUUACAUGUUUGAUGGAUGUGAAGCUCCAAGUGCCACAUUAUAUAUGAGUCAUGAAAGCUCCUCAGCCUGUGCUCCACAUGUCAAACUCUUAUAUUUAUAGAAGUGCCAAACCAGCUGAUAGAUUUUUCAGAUGUCCAGCUAAUACUGCCGCUGUCAGCAUUGUUGUUGUUGCAUGUGACCUUCUGUUGUUUGUUUGCCCUGUCCGUGUAGCGUGCACUCAGGAUUCUUGUGCACAUGCAUUUUUUAAAUCCAGAUAUCUCACUUUAUAUCUGACCGCCGAAUGUGUCUUAUCUCCUCUGCCCCACGUCGAGCAGCUACAUUGCACCGUCUGUCUCCAUGUUUUCUAUAAGUACUUAUCACCAUAUGCACUGCAUUAUUUGUCCCUGCGGCAAAGGUCAACAUAAGCAACUUGGACAGACUUUCUUUUAUAUUUCGGAUCUGCUUUGUUGUCAAAGCCGGGAGCCUGACAAGCACAUACCUGCCUCGUGUUCCAACUCUGUUAACGCAUUGAUUGUCAUUGCCACCGUGCCUGUAAACAUUUUCUGUCACAAUGUUAUUUCUAUUUUUAGAAUGUGCUUCCUCAGGUUAUGGCUUUAAAUGAUUUGUGAGCCACGUACACUGGAACCUGUUUAUGUCGACAACCCGUCUAAGUCAGUGAGUCCUGCUCCGCCGUCUUCUUCUUAUUACUAAAAAGUGCCUUAAGUUGCGGCACAUUUAACAAGAAAACUUAACAAAAUUAAUAAAUAAAAAUAACCCCCAAAAAAUGAAAAUUCAGCAGUAAUUUCACAAGAAUAGAGUCAAAAUAUUCAGAGAAAAAAAGUUGUAAUCUAACGAGAAAAAGUUGGAAUAUCAUGAGAAUAACGUAAUAUUGUGAGGGGAAAAAUAACGUCAGAAUAAACUUGAAAUAUUAAAGAAAUACCUUAUUUUUUACAAGUCAUAUUAUUAUAAAAAACAAACAUAACGAGGAAUGAAGUUGUAAUUUUGGGGAAAUUAGGCUGCGGAAAAUGUUUUAAUGCUACGGUAAUGAAGUCAGAAUAUUGUGAGAAUAAAGUUAAAUUAAGAGAAGAACAUUUAAAACAAGAAAUGUUUAGUUGGAAAAUGUAAAAAAAAAUAAAACACAACAGAAAUGGAAAAGACAGUUGCAAUUUUAUGACAAUAAAGUAAAAAUAUUUGUUAUUGAAACAAAUAUCCUGCUUUGAAGAUCUACUUGUGUUGCUUUCCAAAAUAUCACAGCAGCCCUUGCAUCCUUUUAUUUGUCACUAUGUGGCCUUCGGUGGGAAAAGGUUGGACACCCCCGGUAUAUGUCAAGAGUAAUAUUGUUAUCCACGUCCUUAAGUGCUUUUGCCAAAGCAGAUUUAUAGUUAUGUCAUAAUCAAUAAAAACAAGUGAAGAAGGGUGGGAGAAGCAACAUCAUUAUUAUUUCUGCAAAAAGCAAAAUGCACAAAUUUGGCACAAAUGGCCCUAAGUUCAAAAAUAUGUCACCGCCCAUGCUCCUUACGCUCCUUACAAGGUGUGAACAACCGCUUACGUCGACAUAAACGGGUUCCACUAACUGCCAUAAGAGUGAGCUCAACUUGACUUUUAUGCAUAUUGAUGCUCGUAACAUGAAAAACAAGUUACUGUCCAACUUGUUCAAUGCAUGGAUUCUCCUGGCGAUGGAAUGUAUAUGUGAAAUAUUGAUGUUGUUAUUUCG